AUGUUUGAGAAUGCCAGCGCUGGCACGGCACCCGCACCACGGGCGCAGCACGUCCCUGCCGCGGCGGGCAGCCUGCCCCAGCCCUGCCGGCCCACUGGCAGCCAGCACCUCCGCAACCUGGGCAAGGCCAUGGGCGCCAAGGUGAAUGACCUCCUGCGCCGCAAGGAGCCGGCCGGCCUGCCCGGCGUGGGAGCCAUGGAGGUGAAUGCCAGUGCAGGCGCUGUGCUGGGCAUGGGACAGCUGGCUGCUGAGGACGGGGCUGUGGGGCUGGAUGCCUUUCCCCGGCUGGAACCCCCGCCCCCUGUCACCAAGAAGCGGACACCGCGCGCCCUGAAGACCCCCCAGGACAUGCUCAUCGCUCCGCAGCCAGAGGGGACCAGCAUGAGGAGUGGCACCCAGGAGCCUCCCGAAGCACCCACAGCCCACCCUGACCCUACAGAGGAGCAGCUGGGGAUGGGGGACCAUUCUCCUCCACAAUGCCCUGGGGUCCCCGGCAUGACAGGCACCCUGGAGCUCACUGAGGACCAGUCUAGCAGUGCCUUACCCGUGCCUGACCUCAUCCAUAAGGGCAGCCGGGACAGCCAGUGGCAAGUGGUGUAG